AUGGCCCCGCCCCUUCUGGCGGAUUGGCCGCUCCGCCCCUCGGCUCCGCCCCCUCGGGCGGUGAUUGUUGUCCUGCUGGACUCGAAGGAAUCGCAAGCGGAGCUGGGCUGGACCUCGCACCCGUCCAACGGGGUGAUUGUCCUGCUGGACUCGAAGGAAUCGCAAGCGGAGCUGGGCUGGACCUCGCACCCGUCCAACGGGUGGGAAGAGAUCAGCGGCGUGGAUGAGAAUUACAAGCCCAUACGCACCUACCAGGUCUGCAACGUCAUGGAGCCAAACCAGAACAACUGGCUGCAGACAGGCUGGAUCGCCAGGCGCGACGGGCAGAGGAUCUUCAUCGAGCUGAAGUUCACUCUGCGGGACUGCAACAGCAUCCCCGGGGUGACAGGCAGCUGCAAGGAGACCUUCAACCUCUACUACGUCGAGUCUGACUCCGACCUGGGCCGCAGCGUCCACGAGAGCAAGCACACCAAGAUCGACACCAUCGCUGCUGAUGAGAGCUUCACGCAGGGCGACCUGGGGGAGCGUAAGAUGAAGCUGAACACGGAGCUGAGGGAGAUUGGGCACCUCACCAAGAGAGGUUUCCACCUGGGUUUCCAGGAUGUGGGCGCCUGCGUGGCGCUGGUCUCCGUGCGGGUUUAUUACAAGAAGUGCCUGGCCACCCUGCAGAACCUGGCCCUGUUUCCAGACACGGUGGCGGAGACGGCCUUCGCGACGUUGGUGGAAGUGAAGGGCACUUGUGUGGCUCACGCCGAGGUGGAUGUGGACAAUCCCCCCCGGAUGCACUGCAGCGCGGAGGGCGAGUGGCUGGUCCCCAUCGGGAAGUGCACGUGUGGUCCCGGCUUCGAGGAGAAGGACGGGGGAUGCAGAGCUUGCCUUCCUGGAUUUUACAAGCUUUCGCUCCGUCUCCCUCUCUGCUCUCCUUGCCCUGAGCACAGCUUCACGCAUGAGGAAGCCUCCACGUUCUGUUCCUGCCAGAAGAACUACUCCAGGUCCCCGUCAGACCCACCAUCUGCCUCCUGCACACGUCCUCCCUCCGCCCCGAGGAACCUGGUCUACAGCCUGCGGCAGUCCUCGCUGGUGCUGGAGUGGAGUGCCCCGGCCGACGCGGGCGGCCGCAGUGACCUGACCUACAGCCUGUGGUGCGGCCGGUGCCCCCCGGCCCUGCGGGGCCGCUGCGAGCAGUGCGGCAACGGCGUGGGCUUCCUGCCGCAGCAGACGGGGCUGGUGGACCGCACCGUCACCCUGGUCAACCUCCUGCCUCACGUCAACUACACCAUCCGCGUGGUGGCCCUCAACGGCGUCUCGGCCGUCAGCCCGCUCCCGGGGCAGCAGUACGCCGAGGUCAACGUCUCCACCGGCCUCGCAGCGCCAGCUCCCAUCACUGACAUCCGCGCGGAUAAAGUUGAGCAGAAGAGCAUCUCCCUGUCGUGGCAGGAGCCGGGCUUCCCGGCCCCCAACGGCACCGAGUACGAGGUCAAGUACUACGAGAAGGAUCAGAGAGAUCAAAGUUACUCGACUGUGAAAACCACAUCAAAAGCCGUGACGGUCAAUAACCUGAAGCCUGGCACCCUCUAUAUUUUCCAAAUCCGAACAUCCUCCUCGCCGGAGUACGGGAACUACAGCCCGAGUAUCGAGGUGGAGACACUGGCGGAGUUGACAGUGGCCUCCAGCGAGCAGAACCCCGUCCUCAUCAUCGCGGUGGUGGCCAUCGCGGGGCUGACGGUGCUGGUGUCCAUGGUGAUCGGCGUCAUGGUCUGGAGGAGGCAGUGUGGGUACAGCAAAGCCAGCCAGGACGGGGACGAGGAGCUCUACUUCCACUUUAAAAUACCAACCAGGAGGACGUACAUCGACCCGGACACUUGUGAAGACCCCAUGCAGGCCGUGCACCUCUUUGCCAAAGAGCUGGAUAAUGCUAGUAUUAAAAUUGAGAGGAUCAUCGGGACAGGGGAGUUUGGAGAAAUCUGCCGGGGGUGCCUGAAGCUGCCCAGCAAGAGGGAGCUGCCUGUGGCCAUCCAGACCCUGCGUGCUGGCUGCUCCGAGAAGCAGCAACGCUCCUUCCUGGCCGAGGCUUGCACCAUGGGCCAGUUCGACCACUCCAACAUCAUCCGCCUGGAGGGGGUCGUCACCAGAGGGAGCACCAUGAUGAUAGUGAUGGAGUACAUGGGCAACGGCACGCUGGACUCCUUCCUCAGGAAACACGAGGGCCAGUUCUCAGCCGCCCAGCUGGUUGGCAUGUUGCAGGGGAUUGCCUCUGGCAUGAAGUACCUGGCAGAGAUGGGUUACAUCCAUAAAAGCCUGGCCGCACACAAAGUCCUGGUGAACAGCAGCCUGGCCUGCAAAAUAACUGGUUUCAGACGGCCACAGGACGACAAGAUGGAGACCAUCUUCUCCACCAUGCGAGGGAAGAGCCUGGUGCUGUGGUUGGCCCCCGAAGCCAUCCAGUAUCACCACUUCAGCCCGGCCAGUGACGUGUGGAGCUUCGGCAUCGUCAUGUGGGAAGUGAUGUCCUACGGGGAGCGACCCUACUGGGACAUGUCCAACCAGGACGUGAUGAAGGCUGUGGAGGACGGGUUCCGCCUGCCUGCCCCAGUGAACUGCCAACCACCGCUCCACCAGCUCAUGCUGGACUGCUGGCAGAAGGACCGCAGCCAGAGACCCAAGUUCUCCCACAUCCACAACAUCCUGAGCAAGAUGGUGCAGAGCCUGGAACCCCCGCAGUGCCCCAGCUCCACCUGCAGCAGGUCCCACAGCACGUCCAUCCCCCUCACCGAGCGCACCUUCUCGGCCUUCCCGUCUUUCGGCUCCGUGGGCGAGUGGCUGGAAGCGAUAGAGAUGGGCAGGUACAAAGACAACUUCACCGCCGCGGGCUACUGCUACCUGGAGUCGGUGGCCAGGAUGACAGCCCAAGAUGUCCUCAGCCUGGGGAUCACGCUGGCGGAGCACCAGACCACCAUCCUGAGCGGGAUCCAGACGCUGCGAGCCCAGGUGAUCCAGAUGCACGGCCGAGGAGUGCAGGUGUGAAGCAGCCCCCCGAGGUGCAGAGCAGGGACCUGGCACCCCCGGGGAGGGGACAAGAGCCGGCCCCGAACCGCACCGAGUCUCGGAAACGUCGUGGUUUCAGAUGGGCUGUAGAAAUCACCAGGCUGCUGUCAUUCCACGUGGUGGGAGAGCAGGGCUUCCUGACCCCUGAGCCAGGGAAGCUGAGGAUUCCCAGGACGUGUGUGUCGUGCCUGGUGGACGUGGCUCUCCCCAGCACUGUUUUGUAAGCUGAGUCAAACUGUAACGAUGCCAUUUCCUAUGGUAAUUAGGUGAACAGGGUGGAUGGACAUUUGUGCACUGUCUUAAUCCAGAGCUGAGCAUUUUCGUAUCUAGCAUCCUACUGGUGAGAUCCAUGGGUAUUUUUAUAUACAAGGUGACAUGUUCUAGCAACCCCACAAGGAGCUUUUAUUGCUUUUAUUUUUAGAGACCAGAGCACAGCUCACACCCAGCGCCCACUUCUGGAAGGUGACUUUCCCCAUCUGCUCUGCUGAAAGGAAACUCUUUCCCAGCCGGGUCCCUUCUGCUCCAAGAGUUACUUCACUGAGUCUUGACGCCACAGUUGGUGAACAAAACCCAACUUUUGCCUCUCUUCCCUGCCUCCUGCCUUGUGGUCAGUGGGCAGAGUGUCCCACAUCUUGCCUUUGGGCUUCCUGGGCAGCUGUGAUGGGCUCUGAGCCCUUCCCUGGGCUGACACCAGAGCCUGGGCUCUCCCUGCUGUCAGCUCAGCUGGAGCAUCCAAGGUGUCCACUCUGCCUCAGAGCAGGAGAUGGAUGAGUGCUCUUCCCUCUCCAGCUCUGGAAGCUUUUGCAGAGAAAAAGGUUGUUGUUUUUUUUUUUUUUUUUUUUUGAACAGCACUUAAUUCAACCCACAGCAGCAGGAAGGAACCUCCCAAUUCAGCCAGAAAUGGGAUGAAAACCUAGGAACUGGUUUGGAGUCAGAGACAGCGGGCAUGGCUGUGCUUUGGGUGGACACCUCCGG